UCGACAUCAAGCCCUUUGCGGACCAGAAGCCUGGAACGUAUGUAUACAACUGAGAACUGAACUGCAUCCCUGACUAUGUGUAGCUAUGGACAAUGCUGACGUCUUUCUCUCCCAGUUCUGGUCUCCGUAAGAAGGUCACCGUCUUCCAGCAGCCCAACUACACCGAAUCCUUCAUCACUAGCAUCCUCCUUUCCAUCCCUGAGGGUGCUGAGGGCGCCUUCCUGGUCAUUGGUGGUGAUGGCCGUUACUACAACCCCGAGGUCAUCCAAUUGAUCGCGAAGAUCAGCGCUGCCUACGGCGUGAAGAAGCUGCUGGUCGGCCAGAACGGUAUCCUGAGCACCCCGGCCGCUAGCAAUGUGAUCCGUGUGCGUAAGGCUACUGGUGGUAUCUUGUUGACUGCCAGUCACAACCCUGGUGGUCCCAAUGCCGACUUUGGUAUCAAGUACAACCUUGGCAACGGUGCCCCGGCUCCUGAGUCCGUGACGAACAAGAUCUACGAGGUCUCCAAGUCGCUCACCUCAUACAAGAUCGCUGAGAUCCCUGAUAUCGAUAUCACCAAGAUUGGCACCCAGACCUAUGGCAGUCUCGAGGUCGAAGUCAUCCACUCGACCGCUGACUACGUCACAAUGCUCAAGGAGAUCUUCGACUUCGACCUCAUUAAGGACUUCCUUAACACGCACAAGGACUUCAAGAUUCUGUUCGACGGCAUGCAUGGUGUGACUGGUCCCUAUGGAGUCGACAUCUUCCAGAAGGAGCUGGGCCUUCCUGCCAGCAGCACCCAGAACACGACCCCGCUCCCAGACUUCGGUGGCGGUCACCCCGACCCCAACCUCGUUUACGCCCACGGUCUGGUCGAGGCUGUGGACAAGAACGGUAUUCACUUUGGUGCCGCCAGUGAUGGUGAUGGAGACCGCAACAUGAUCUAUGGAGCGAAGACCUUCGUUUCCCCCGGUGACAGCUUGGCUAUCAUCGCGCACCAUGCUAAGCUGAUCCCCUGGUUCCAGAAGCAGGGUGUGUAUGGUCUUGCACGAUCCAUGCCCACUUCGGGAGCUGUCGACCUGGUGGCUAAGGCCCAGGGACUCCAGAGCUACGAGGUCCCCACGGGAUGGAAGUUCUUCUGUGCCCUGUUCGACAACAAGAAGAUCUCCAUCUGUGGUGAGGAGAGUUUCGGUACCGGAAGCAACCACAUCCGUGAGAAGGAUGGUGUCUGGGCCAUUGUUGCGUGGUUGAACAUCAUUGCGGGCGUUGCUAAGCAGAAGCCCGGCCAGACCCCUAGCAUUGCUUCCAUCCAGAAUGACUUCUGGCAGACCUAUGGCCGCACCUUCUUCACCAGAUUCGACUACGAGAAUGUCGACAGUGAGGCUGCUGGCAAGCUGGUUGCCAACUUGUCUGAGCUGGUCUCGAACAAGGACUCCUUUGUUGGCUCCACUGUCUCCGGCCGUAAGGUGACCGAUGCUGGUAACUUCGCGUACACCGACCUUGACGGCAGCGUGAGCAAGAACCAGGGUCUCUAUGUUAGGUUCGAUGAUGGCAGCCGGAUUGUCGUCCGUCUGUCCGGUACUGGCAGCAGCGGUGCUACCAUCCGUCUGUACAUCGAGAAGCACGAGGAUGACAAGUCUCAGUUCUCCAAGGAUGCUCAGGAUUACCUGAAGGACAACAUCGCCCUCGCUAUGUCUCUGCUCAAGUUCAAGGAGUACAUUGGACGUGAGGAGCCUGACGUCAGGACCUAAACGUGAUGGCUAUGAUUUGCCGCGAGUAGCUUAAUGUGCUUACUCUUUUGCGUCGGUCACUUCCCUGUGAUAGGAGCAGGAUUCUGAUGACUGAGGGAAUGACAUGAUAUGGAUAUAGAGAGCAUUAGUAAUACGCACCGAGAACAUCAAAGCGGAGCAUGGGAGACGCCCAUUAAUCUGAUUUAAUUACUACGAAUAC